AUGCUUCGCGCGGUCACCUCAUCAGCAUCCACAGUUCGUGCAGCUUCAACAGCUGCUCAACGCAAACUUCCAAACAUUGUUUUGGUAGAUGCUGUGCGCACUCCAUUCGUCAUGUCGGGAACGGUUUUCAAGGAUUUGAUGGCAGUUGAUUUGCAAAAAGAAGCUAUUAAAGCACUAGUUGAUCGCACUAAUUUACCAUACGAAAAGCUUGAUCACAUUAUUUGUGGAACAGUCAUCCAGGAAUGCAAAACAAGCAACAUUGCGCGCGAAGCAGCUCUCAUGGCUGGCGUUCCAGACACGAUCCCCGCUCAUACCGUCACUCUUGCUUGUAUUUCCUCGAAUGUUGCGAUGACACAAGGAAUGGGAAUGUUAAUGACCGGAAAUGCGAACGCCAUCAUCGCCGGCGGAGUCGAAUUACUAUCCGAUGUUCCAAUCCGAUACAAUAGAAACGCGAGAAAGGCGAUGCUUGGAUUGAACAAGGCAAAAGAUGUUCCAUCAAAACUGAAAAUUGGUGGACAAAUCUUGAAGAAUAUUCUUGCUCCAGAAUUGCCAGCUGUUGCUGAAUUCUCGACUGGUGAAACUAUGGGACACAGCGGAGAUCGUCUUGCUGCGGCUUUCAACGUUUCGAGAAAGGAACAAGACGAGUUUGCUCUUCGCUCGCACUCGCUUGCCUUGGAAGCGCAGAAAUCUGGAAAAUUCACCGACGUCAUUCCCGUUUUCUUGGGCGGAAAGAAGCCAGUUACCAUCAAACAAGACAAUGGAAUCAGAAUCUCGACGUUAGAGAAAAUGGCGUCUUUGAAGCCAGCAUUCGUGAAACCGCAUGGAACUGUUACUGCUGCCAAUGCUUCUUAUUUGACUGAUGGAGCUUCAGCUGCUCUCAUUAUGACGGAAGAGUUCGCUUUGGCUAAUGGAUACAAGCCAAAAGCUUACUUGAGAGACUACAUGUAUGUCGCUCAGGACCCAAAAGAUCAACUCCUACUCUCGCCAGCUUACGUCAUUCCGAAAUUGCUCGACAAAGCCGGACUAACUCUUAAGGAUGUCGACGUUUUCGAGAUUCACGAGGCUUUUGCUGGACAGGUUCUUGCAAAUCUCAAUGCUCUUGACAGUGACUACUUCUGCAAGGAGCACAUGAAGAGAAAGGGAAAAUUCGGAAGAUUGCCAAUGGAGAAGCUUAACAAUUGGGGAGGCUCUUUGUCAAUUGGUCAUCCAUUCGGCGCUACUGGAGUCAGAUUGGCCACUCAUUCCGCUCAUCGGCUGAAGGAGGAAAAAGGACAAUAUGCCGUGAUUGCUGCUUGUGCAGCUGGUGGUCAUGGUGUUGGAAUGCUCAUCGAAGCCUAUGGAAAGUAA